AUGAGCGAGCAUCCAUAUCAGCUCGAACAAAUAACAGAAUUAUCCGGACACGAAGACCGUGUCUGGUCAAUCGCAUGGAACCCAGUCCGUCCAUUACUCGCAUCCUGCUCAGGCGACAAAACAGUCAGGCUUUACCAUUAUCGACGGACAUCCCCCUACGCUGAAGGACUAUACACAACAACGAGCGCAAACGAAGUCAAUCUAACUUUCGCGGCACAAGCAUCCAUACCAACAGGACACGCUAAAACCGUACGCUGCGUCGCCUGGGCACCAUCCGGUAAGACGUUCGCAACUGCAAGCUUUGACGCGAACAUCGCCGUUUGGGAGCAGGAAGGCGGUAAUGACGACGAUGGCGACUUCAUAAUGAAUGAUGGGGAACAGUCUGGUGAAGGUAGUGGACCGGGAGAAUGGGAGUGUGCUGCACUCCUAGAAGGCCAUGAGACGGAGUGCAAGAGCGUAGCGUAUUCAAGUUCGGGUACGCUACUUGCGAGUUGUAGUCGUGAUAAGACCGUAUGGGUUUGGGAGGUCCAGCCGGAUUCAGAUUUCGAAUGCAUGGGCGUACUCAUGGCCCACACCCAAGACGUCAAAUGUGUCGCCUGGCACCCUACCGAAGAGAUCCUCGCGUCCGGCUCCUACGACGACACAAUCAAACUCUACGUCGACGACCCUUCCGACGACUGGUACGAUUUCCAAACUCUCAACGGCCACACCUCCACUGUGUGGAGUGUUGCGUUCUCUCCAUGUGGUGAACUACUUGCAUCUGCCUCUGACGAUCUGACGAUUCGAAUCUGGCGACGAGAGGACAAAUGGCGUUGGGAGCAGGUGGCAGUUUUAAAUGGCCAUGAACGGAGCGUAUACUCUGUAAGCUGGACCAAGAGCAUAUCGGAUUCUGGGGAAAAGACAGAAGAGGACGGAAGUGGAGGGUACCUCGCAAGUACAGGUGGAGACGGUAGGAUAAAUGUCUGGCAUAUUCGAAUGCAAGAUGGCUCCGUAAAGUCGGAACUCAUAGCUACAUUACUAGACGCCCACGGAGUGAGCGAGAUAAACUGCAUUUCCUGGUGCCCACGAGAGGGAUUCCGAAACUUGCUCGCGACAGCAGGGGACGAUUGUAUUGUUCGCACCUGGAGGAUACAAAAGAAGAUUACAUGA